UUUCUUACCAAAAACCGCAGUGGCAGCAGCAGCAGCAGCAAGCGAGUGUACGUACAGAUAACGACAACUCGUUAUCUGUACGUAAGGAAAGAUAUUCUCAUAACGUUUGCCGCUAUUUCCUACGUGUUCCUGAAGCUCUUCCAGUUAUUUACGCUUGGCCAGAUUGGACUCUUAGCCGCUUCUCGAUUUCUGUCCUCUUUCGUCUACAAUCAGCAUAGCGGCCUGCUUUUUGUCAUUCGUCACUUUUAGGAUACAUUUAUUUAUGGCCGCUGCUGCUAAGACGGCAGCGGCUGCCGUAUAGUAUUAUACGGUAUACAUACGUGGCCGCUGUAUCCGCCGAAGCAUUUGCUCGACUACGGCCGUCACGACGCCGCGGCUUAAUUCCAAUAGCGCUAAGUACGAUCAUAUCCCUGUGUCGCUAGCGGAGGCUGCCUGUCCGACAGUCGCGAGGCAGCUGUAGCGACAUCGGCAGCGACAACGGCGACCAGAAGUCAACAACGAACAGCAAAAUUUGCUCGGCGUACGUAUCUUGACCACUGCUGCUGCUGCCGCCGGCUCCACGGACGGAGAAAUAGAGGAAGACAGGGAGUCCGAGGCCACAUCUAUCGCUCGAUCUGUUAGUACGCUCUUUCGCGUGUGUGGCGUGCUGCUACCGGCGCCGUCUGUGCUAGCGGCGGCAGCAGCAGCAGCAGCAGCACUGGCCGCUGUGGCCAUCCGCACUUACCCUUCGUCUCCGCCCGGAUCUACUUUUACUACGGGCAGCGUUUGUCAAUGGGCGUAGUAGUCGUGUCAUUGUGGUCGAUGUCGGACGAGGAACAGUCGCCGGAACAGCCGCCGCAGUGGCAGCAGCUGCUCUUGCUGAAUAGUGGCCAUAGCACACAUUUGUAGUGGAAUCCUUGAGGGCGCUAGUCAGCGGCCGGCCAGUGCUAAUGGUACCAGUUGAGGCAUAAGGCCGCUUCACGACUCGACAGUAAACAUGGCCGUGGUGAGUCGCAUUCACUGCAAAAAUAAGCCGCUGGCAUGACAGCAUAUACGAGCUUUCUAGCGUUCGCAACGGUGGACAUUUCAACUGUACAAUAGCACAGCUGUCACCGCUGUUGUCGUUGCAACAAAAUUGGACCGGAUAGGGCCGCGCUAGAUCGAGCGUACGCCUGCCAAACGAGUAUCUGUCUGUCUAUUCUGCCAGCGUAUCGUUGCGUGCUGAUCGACCGCGCCAUAGGUGCACUUGCCGGUUGCCAUUUACUGCCGGUGACAAGCAGCGAUCAAGAGCUGGCAAACGCUGCGGGACGUGCGGUUCAUCGUUGACGUUCGGUCGCGCUCCUCUCGGAUGUCGAGUACGAUUGAAUUGAGUCCCUAAGUUGGAACUCAACAGUAAUCUGUGCUCGCCCCAUCGGGCGUAUAGGAAAUGAACGGCUCCAACAAUUGUACUGGUUCUAAUAGUGUUCGUAUUCGAAGCAGCUGCGUAGGGAAGUAUUAUUAGUAAGUAGCAUCCUCGCGGGAUUGCCAAGUCGUCCAAAAGGAGAAGUCCCUAAAUGCGCCAUUUUGCCCGCUACUCUCCAGGGCUACACAGAUACGGAUAACAAGAUCAUUAUGAGAAAAAACGGCACUAGCAGAAACGAUAAACAAUUUAACGGUCGUAGUAUCAAUAUACCGACGACCCAAUACAACUGUCUAUAAGAUCGCGCAUUCUGUCGACAACUAUACGUACUCCGUCGGUAGGUCUCAAUGAUUGUUGAUGACAUAAUAGCAUUGACAGGUAGAGUGAGUGCGGUGGCCACCUGUAAACUAGCUCCUUGUGCUAAAUCCAUAAAGGUUGGCUUUGUGGUAAACGAAGGCAGAAAACGGGAAAUUGUUGUCGCCCUAUGGAAGGUGGUGAGGAAGUCCUUAUCACGAUUACUAUUGAAAUUGAUCAAAGUGCUGGUUCUCAACGUGUCGACAGCCCUCAUAACUGAGCUAAAAGAAAGAAGUGCACUCGUAGUUCUCGUUUUUAUUGUGCCCCAGUUACGCCCGUCUUAUUUAGGUACAAUUGUGAAUUCUGUGCGUCUUCGUCUUCGUCUUCAUCUUUACACGUUGAUAAUUAGUGUCAGUCAGUGGAUAAUUACGUUAAUUGUUCGCUUUACUAUUAUAAUUACUAUUACGUGGCUACAACCCUGCGUUUUCUUCAUUAUCGGUAGUGAUUGUGCAGCUGAUAAUAGGUGAAGGUCCGCCCGGUCCGUGACACUAACCCAGCGUCCCAGUUGCUCCACGUUGUUCCUACCAUUCCGACCCAAGCAUCUGGCAUAAUUGCCGCCUUACUGUCGUCACCGAACAAGCGUCUACAACCGGCUCGCUGUGCACAAGCAUUUAGCGAAAAUGAGAAAACAGCGUAGUCGAUGCGUGUACGUUGCCGAACGUUUUGGCGUGUGCUCCUUUUUCUUGUGCGUUCCGCUGCCUCUCUCACUACUUCUGGCAGGGGUUUUUCAGGCACAGGGAGCUGUCGGCUUGAAUUCAGACCAGAAAGCGGCAUCGAAGCUACUUCGGCCGCGGCCCGAAGAAAGAUACCAUUUUCCCCAAGCGCUUGAUAUACCCACGCCCCAUAGAAUGCCCGAAGUAGACGUAGAGACCCUAUUAAAUAUACUCGGAGAUGACUUUCAGCCAAAGUAUAUGAGCAUCACAAAUCCCAACGAUGAUGAAUUGAAAUUAAGCAACAGCACCAAAAGACACCGACAGCAUAAACAGCGUAAAAACAGCGCCUCAAGUCGGGAGUCCUUGAAGGCGCUAUUGAGUGGAAGGCUUUCAGAGGUUCCGCGUGGUCAACCGGAGUUUCGACGUACACUGCGAAGAUUUCUACGAAAACAUACGGAGUGCCGAAUCGCUCGUUAUUGGCACGAUCUGGGCGAUCGAUACUUCCCUCGUUACGUUCGUGAAGGCACCUGUCAACAAACGCACGUCAGCUGCUCGAUACCUCCUGGGAUGUUAUGCCAACCUCACAAACAAAAAGAGAUUAAGCUUCUUUGGUGGCAUUGCACGACGGGCGGAUAUUCGACACGAACUCAGGUCAACCAGCCUCACUACAAUCUCGAAAGGCAAAAGUGCCGAUGGAUCAAGAUGAUUUACCCUGUGCUAAGUGAAUGUACGUGCAAAUGUAAGGCCGAAGACGAGUCGUGACGCACGUUCAGCGAAUUCAAGCGCCAAAACGCAGCCCGCCGAGGAUCAACAAGCGGUCAUCUAGGAGACGGAGUAGUUGUCUGUUUACACUGUGUCCUCCUCCUGGCUCACCUUACGAGCUCAAAAGUGAGCCUACACCGAAAAAUGAGAAUAUAUAACGAACAAUCGUAAAAACAGGCUACCGAAAAUUACAAUUAUGGCAUCGUCGAUUUCAGAUUUGGAGGAUUCAUCAAAAGUAGAUCUGCUGAAAGAAAGAUUUCAGCAAGCAUUUCCGAUUGAAAGCUAGUAAAAAACGAGUCCCACCACUCGCAUUUCAACAAGAGUGGUGGGACAGUGUGGGCCUUGGCAAACUGAUCUAAAGAAAAUCGUCAGUAUGCGAUUACCUACAAUAUGAUUGAAGUAUAUACGACUGGCAUAAAUUUUUCUGCAUUGUCCAGUUUGGAAAAUAAGCAAAAUAGUAUCGAAGAUACGUCAGCCCUUCGUUGCACAUAUGAAGUACAUCUGUACAAACGACUCAAGUCUAUGCCCAAAUGAAGCAAGAAUCCUUUUUUAUUGAAUCGUUUUAUGCGUAGGUUCUUGUUAUUGAUGCUGUCUGACGGUAAAUGCGCUGUUCAAACGAGAGAAUUACCUCAAAAAGGUGAUAGAAGGACUAUCACAAAAUAACUUUAGUUAUCGAAUAGAAAAAGUAGUAAUAGUAAUUAUGGUAGUAGUCUAUUAAACAAUUGAACAACACAUUUCCUUAUAUUCAUGGAUAAAAACACACGCAUAUGUAUGUAUAUAUGCCUUGUGUGUAUAUAUAUAAUGUUCGUGUGAUGGGCGAAUAGGUGCUUCACGAUACCCUACAGUGUCAUCUAUAUGUUAGGCCCUUUCCUCCCUAUCAUGUUUGGAGUGACCCAUACAAUAUUUAUAUACAAAUGAUACUGCAGAUUGUGGGUAUAGUUAGCGGACAAAUUUUUAGCGCCAUACUUAUUGCUUCUUCGACAUCACAAGACAACAUCUAGAAUGUCCUUAAUAGGCCGAAGCCUAUAUCCGUCUGCUGUUUGGUUCUGGACCCCUCGUGAGUACUUACUCUGGGCUCGAGAACUGCUCCUUUGUCUGUUUAGUGUUUUAAUACAGUUUCAAUUGAAAUCCUAUAAUUUGCCAUUUGUAAGUGCUUGGGAACCGCUCGGAGUCUGUGUCUCUAAGGUUUAAAAGCAGACCAUUGCCACUGGACGAAUACUACGAUGGCUUGGCGUGACAAACCUGACGUUUAUCACUUCCGAUGUUCUGUGACUAUUUCUGCUGGAGAACUGGUGUAUGGACAUGCACAAAUAUAUGGGAAGUCUCCUUCGCGUGCUGCGGUAUAGAUUCUACGAUUGUGCUAGUGUUUCACAGAUCUCGAGACAACAUAUCCCUGCCAUCACCCGCAUAUCAAUAAACGUUGAUACUGUCUUAAUACAAAUUAUGUUACGCUUAUAAAUGUUUCGGGUUUUGAGGCCUGGCAUCAUCGUUAGGUAUAAUAUACAUCCAACAGUUGGCUUCCUACCAUGAAAUGAAUUGUCUACCUCUGGCUUUUAAAUAUACGCCUCAUAUGCGUCCCUAUUGUUCAGAACUAUAGAAUAACUGUCUCAUAGAUUUCGAGAUAACUAUGCAAUAUAUUCCUAUAUAUAUAUAUACAUUAUUGUCACGUUUAGUUUGUAUAGGUGUAAAAUAAACUUUGAUUUAUCAGCAUCAAAUGGACUAACCAUGACAAUCAGACAAACAGUAAGAAAAUCUACUAAUACGAGUACUGUAUAUUCAGCAAAAAUUUAUUUUUGUCAUCUGUAUAUUUCAUACAAUUCAGGAGACGUGAUAGAUGAAAAUACAUAGGGACGAAAUUUACCUAUCAUUCGCCAUUAUCAGCUGUGUCUCUCUCUCACAGAUCUUUCAAGAUGCCUUGCUACCAGUAGCCAUAAUCGGAUUUAGCGUCCCAAUCAUCAAUCAUCACAACCGAUAACGUAAUUGCAUUGAAAUAUCGACAAAAACUAAGAUAAUAAUCAAUCACCACAUAUCUAUCUCCCUUUUCUCGUCAUCAAUAAGCAUCACUAUUGCCACGCUCGCAUCAGACAAACCGUUCUACCUGCUGGUACAAACGCUGUAGAACAUGGGCAAAGUGUGGAAGGCAAUGUCCCAUGUUCGAUGAUAGCCUUUGUCACAAUAAGGAGCGAUCCAACCCUCAACGGUACGCGCGACUCAUUGAUUCACUUCGUACUUUUCUUCCUUUUUUUAUCGGAGCGUCUCAGUCGGAUAUGUUGGUUGCAGCGAGACGAAAACAUCACGACGAGUCUCACAAAAGAAACGACGCAGAAGUAAAUAAAGCCUAAUCUUUAUAAUGUUUUUGCGCAGGCUGUA